CCCGGCGCAGCGGACGCGCCAGUCCGAGCGCGAGCGGGGCGGAGGCGCUGCCCGAGUGCGCCAUGGAGCAGCCCAGGAAGGCGGUGGUGGUGACCGGGUUCGGCCCUUUUGGGGAACACACCGUGAAUGCUAGCUGGAUCGCAGUGCAGGAGCUGGAGAAGCUGGGCCUGGGGGACAGCGUGGACCUGCACGUGUAUGAGAUCCCCGUGGAGUACAAGACCGUGCAGAGGCUCAUCCCCGCCCUGUGGGAGAAGCACAGCCCGCAGCUGGUGGUGCACGUGGGCGUGUCGGGCAUGGCCACCACGGUCACGCUGGAGAAGUGCGGUCACAACAAGGGCUACAAGGGCCUGGACAACCGGCGCUUUUGCCCGGGCUCCCAGUGCUGCGUGGAGGACGGGCCCGAGAGCAUCGACUCGGUCAUCGACAUGGACGCCGUGUGCGAGCGGCUCACCUCGCUGGGCCUGGACGUGACGGUCACCAUCUCGCAGGACGCCGGCAGGUACCUGUGCGACUUCACCUACUACACGUCGCUGUACCAGGGCCACGGGCGCUCGGCCUUCGUGCACGUGCCCCCGCUGGGCAAGCCCUACAACGCCGACCAGCUGGGCCGGGCGCUGCGCGUCAUCAUCGCCGAAAUGCUGGGCGUCCUGGAACAGUCGGACCGCCAGGGCAGCUGCUGCCGCCGGCGCUGAGCCCGCCCCUCCACCCCUCCCCCUCCGGCGUCCGGGGGUGGGGGGCGGGGGAGGGCUGAUGCGCCCCCCACGGUCCCUCCCCCCCCCCGCACCCACGGCGGCGGCCACCUGCCCGACCGCCGCUCCCAAGAGCCGGAUUUCCUAGCGCUGUGCCUCCAUGGAUUGUUCUCGAAUCUACGGCGGCUGGGGGGCGGCGAUCAGUCGCCGGGGCCGCCCUGGGCCAGGACUCGGCCCGGGUCUCCACUCUGCUUUCCUUCCUCUCUCUUGUCAAGAGCAGGACGGCUUGGCGUGGGCGCACAGUGAGCGGCCUGUGCGUGCGACCUGGCUUUUGCUUUUGGGGUGCGGCCCCUUUUGCCCCCCCUUCCCCCGGACUGAAGACGUGCCAGGAAGCCCCCUCCCCCUCACCGCCAUUGGGGCGGCCGCUGAGGGUCCGGGCACCCAGGGGAGGGCAGAGUCUGCCCCCCGGACUUUUCUAUUUUUAACGUCUGAGACUUUGUAGCUGCUGCCGCGGUCCAGGGCUGCGAUGGGGGUGACAGCCAGGGGGGCGCGGUCCCGGGGUGGGGGGCCGGGCUGGCGCUGAUCUGGGCAAGCCCUGGCAUGUUUUAGGGCCGGGCGAGGGUGGCAGCCCACAUAUCUGAUGACGGCAGUUUUUGGAGACGGGCCCAGGACGCACGGGUAAAAUUUUACCUCGUGCUUGACCCCCGGCAACUUUGAACUUGACCCCUGCAGGGGGGGGCGUGGUGGAGUCGGUGCCUCUGGAGGUGACGUCAGGGGGACAGCGUGACCCCAGCAGCCAGGGAAGCCGCCACCCCGGCUGUCACCCUAUACUCGGCCCCUGAUGUCACCCCGACCUCGGCCCUAGAUGUCGCCCUGACCUCGGCCCCUGAUGUCACCCCGACCUCGGCCCGGCUCAGUGUCCCCGACCCCGGGGACUGUGAUGUCACUGUGCUUUCUCCAGCACCCACCUUUCUCCCCACCGUUCCCACGCCGCCGGGGUGCGUGUCUGAUGCGUGUCGGGGUUUCCCUUUGCAGGGGAGCUUGGGGGGUGGUGGGUGAUGGGUGACGGGGGGGGCUGGAGGCCGCAGGUUGAGAUGAUCGGGGCUCCCCCCCCCCGCCUGCUCCACACCUGUCCCCCCCCAGCUUGUGGUCUCCUGGGAAACGCAUUGCUGGGGGCGCUGUCUCCACCCAGCCAGACCAUGGGGGGGGGGGGGGGACCCGGCUCAGGGAGCCCGCGGAGGCCUUGGUCAGGGUCAGGGCUGCCCUGCAGAGCCCGAGGCGGGACAGGAGAGGAGGGGCUGCAGUGGGGGGAGGGGAGCCAGGCCCUCCCCCCAGCUCAGCGGGGUGUGACUUGUGUCCAGCCACUGCCAUGGUGGAGUGUGUGUGUGUGUGACAUUUCUGUUCCCACCACCACGCGGCUCAGCAUCUCCUCGUGGGGACGGGGCCGGGGUCCCAGGGAGGGAAAUCAUCAGACCCCACUGAACCCAUCCGCCCCACCCCCGCUCUGUGGCGUGUCCGUCCGUCUGUCUGUGUUUGGCGGUUCAGGGCCUUUCCAAUCCCCCCUUCCCAUCCCCCCCUCAAUUGCAGAGCUUCCUGGGGGGCGGCAGGGCAGGGGUGCAGGGCUGUGAGGGGCCUGGCAGGUGCCGAGGGAGGAGGGGCGGUGUGCCUAAGCCUUAAUGGCGGAGAGACGGCCUGAGGGGAGGGGGGCGCUGCGGGGCUGGGGUCUCCCAGGGAAGCAGAAGGGGGCUUCCCGGUGACCCCUGUGGGACCGGCGGAGGUGAGGUGGGCGAUGCUGCCAUCCACGCCUCCUGCCUGGCCCCCUCCCCGCCUAGAGGAAGGUCGGUGCUGUGUUCGCGAGGAAGUGACUUGAAAAAGAAAUAAGACGGAGAGGCUAGAAGGACAGGAAGGAGAGGAGCCGCAGGCACUGAGGUUGCUGGACUGACCUUGCCACUGCCCCCCCCCCCGUGCCUCCCACCCUUCACCGCCCCCCACCCCGUGCACCUGCCCCAGAGUCGAAGCUACCGGAGGGGCGGGGCCCGGCCACGACUCCCACCCCGCGCCAGGUCCCUGCCAGGCGGGCAAUGUCACGUGGCACUUGUCUCAGCCAGGGACCAGUCGGUGGCCCACUCUUUCUGUCUUGGAGCUGGGAGGCCAGCUGGUUUGCGGCUCCGCCCCUCCCCCCCAGGCCUGGGUUCCACCACCCCCCCCCGUGGCCCCACCCCAGGCAGAGCAGGAGCUGCUGGGACUUGGGGGGGGGGCUGCUGCUGUCUAGACAGUUGACCUUUGACCUCCCCGCCCCUUGUGGCGGCUGAACCCUGAAAUCCCCUUUGGGGAAGGCAAGGACAAAGCCUCAUUCUCUGCCGAGACCCCUGGGCGCCCGCAGCCAUGGUAACAGCGGCCUCGGCCUCCCUGUCGCAGACUCCAGGUCCCCUCUGCAGGCCCAGGGCCGUGAGCACCCAGGACUGCUGGCCGGGAGCGGCAGGUGCAGGGCUGGGGUCCCCCGAGACCCCAGCACAGACUGCUGGGGCACGGGCUCGGGCUCCGCCCAAUCCCCCACUCCACGCUGGGUCGCAGCCGAGCGCUGAGGGGGGCGAGGGAGGCUCCCACUCCUGGGGGAACGCGGCUCAGCCCCAGCUGCUCGUUCCCCGCCCCCACGCCCCUUCCCCAAGCCUCCCUGGGGUGCCAGACGCCCACAGAAGUGCCUGCCUCCCGAGGACUCCCAGGGCCCAGCGAGGCGGCCAUGGCUCCUGGCUGCUCCUGGUGGGGUCACCUGAGCCGUUCCCAGAGUAGGGGUCUCAGCUCAGGGGGCUUUGGGGUCCUGAUGCUGUGCCUCCAGGAAAUGCCGGGUUGGAAGCGGGGUCUCUGCCCACCGCGUGGACACCGGUGGGGGGCGGGGGUCCCUGUCCCCUUGCGCAGGGGGCUCCUGGCUUCUCUCUGGGGUUUCCCUUAGCCUCUCAGGUUCUUAUCUCGUCCUGGGUGUCUCUAGAAACAUCCUGCCAGAGCUGCCUGUGUCCCCUGUCCCCAGAGGCGUCCCCGCCCUCCAGCCCCCAUGUGGCUUCCCCCCACACCCACCCAGAGCUCCUGCCAGUGCCUUUGUUAAACUCUGUGUUCAGGACAGCCCCGACCCCGGCCAGGGCAGGGUCUCCCGGGCUCUGCCUCUUGAAACCUCAGAGAGCCAAUAAAACACUGAAAAGG